AAUUAGAACGACUUGGAACAUUUUAUAGAAGAUUGUUAUUGUUUGUUAAUACUUUCAUGAUCGUUUAUGCACUUUCAAUUAAGAAGUUUUUGCUGUUAAUAACGGCAGUUUCAAUGCUUUAAAUAAAGCAUUGUUGAAAUUAAAUGGCCACUACUACUGCACCUACACCAUCUCAGCCUCUACCAGGUUCUGUCUUAACAUUUGGCAACAAAGACGGAAUCAUGAAUUUCAUCAUGAGGAUUGAACUCCUCUACUAAAAGGACUUUCAAGUACUGAUUCAAACAAAGCGGGUAAAAGACGAAAGCCUGGUAUUAAGGACUCUGAUGAGGAGGACAUCCAGGGACCUAAGUUCUCAAGGAUGGAUGACGAUAAUAUGCAAGACAAAGAGCGUUUCGCCAGGGAAAAUCACAGUGAGAUCGAAAGACGACGGAGAAAUAAAAUGACCGCCUACAUUACCGAGCUAUCAGACAUGGUGCCUACUUGUUCUGCAUUAGCUCGAAAGCCAGAUAAGUUGACCAUCCUACGCAUGGCAGUGGCACACAUGAAAACGUUAAGAGGCACUGGUAAUACAAGUUCUGACGGCAGCUACAAACCUUCUUUUCUGACUGAUCAAGAGCUAAAGCAUCUUAUUCUGGAAGCUGCCGAUGGGUUCUUAUUUGUUGUUGCUUGUGAUACUGGAAGAAUCAUAUAUGUGUCUGACAGCGUUGCUCCAGUUUUGAAUCAAUCUCAGGCUGACUGGUUCAAUGCUUGUAUCUUUGAUCUUGUCCAUCCUGAUGAUUUGGAAAAAGUGCGAGAACAACUGACGACGCAAGAAUCUCCUAAUGCUGGACGCAUUCUUGAUUUGAAAACUGGAACCGUAAAGAAAGAAGGUCACCAAUCAUCAAUGCGAUUAUGUAUGGGGUCUCGAAGAGGCUUUAUUACCCGCAUGAAGAUUGGCAACUUUCAGCCAGAGUGUUCUGGUCAUUUGCACCGUAUUCGACAGAGGAAUAGUUUAGGUCCGUCUACUGAUGGCAAUGCUUACGCAGUUGUGCAUUGUACAGGAUAUAUAAAGAACUAUCCCCCUAGCGGUGUACAAAUUGAACGAUUAGACCCAGAGGAUCACGGAGCUAGCCAUUGUUGUCUUGUAGCUAUUGGAAGACUGCAAGUGACAAGCACACCUAAUAACAGUGAUCUCAUGGGCUCUAAUUCAUCGAAUGAAUUCAUUUCAAGGCACAAUAUUGAAGGAAAGUUUUCUUUUGUCGAUCAAAGGGUUCAAGGUGUCUUGGGAUAUCAACCUCAAGAACUCCUAGGCAAAACAUGUUUUGACUUCUUCCAUGCAGAAGAUCAGACGCAUAUGAAAGAAAGCUUUGAACAAGUUCUGAAACUCAAAGGUCAAGUGAUGUCGGUCAUGUAUCGAUUUCGAGCAAAAAAUCGUGAGUGGGUUUGGCUGAGAACCAGUAGUUUUGCUUUCCUCAACCCUUAUACUAACGAUAUAGAGUACAUAGUUUGCACAAACACAUCUGCCAAAAGCCUACAUCACCAACAAGAUGUUCCUGUAUCAGGUCCUGACCAAGGUCCUGUCAGUUCCUCUGGAGAAAAUGCCAUGAAUCAGUAUAGCCAUACCAUGGGACCAGGAAAUUUGCUAUCAUCUUCUAAGCCACAUGCAGAAGGUCUUGAUUAUAGUUUGUCUCGGUCCGGUGAAGUGUAUCCAUCUGUUGUUCCACGUGCCCACCAUCCUGGCUCUCAAGGUAUUCCAGAACGGCGUCCAGGAUCUGGUCAAGCUGUUUACGCCAAUUACGAAAGCAGUGGUCAACACUCUGGCUUGAGUUAUCCGAACACAAGCGUAGGAGGAGCUGGCAGUCUUGGUGGAUCAAUGCCUCAAACACCUCCAUCUGCUGUGGUAAGCGCGAGUGGAGGUGUUCUUACUCGAAUUUCAAAAUCUUCUGCGACUACGUCAUCAUCAUCAUCACCACAGGCAGUUUGGGUGCAGAGACAUCUAGCUCAGGCGAACUCAGAAGCAUUUGGCCAAAAUUAUAACCAAAUGAGUUCUCCUGCUCGCAGUCCAUCCGGUCCAACUUAUACACAACUUGGCUCAGCUCCUGGUCCAAGAGGUAUUUGGGGUCAAUGGCAAGGUCCAGGAACUCCAGAUGGGCCACCAUCAUCUACAACUGCUGGUCCACACCCUCAGAGUCAUGGACCUGGUGGAAAUGGACCACAGCAACAAGAACUUUCUGAUAUGUUACAAAUGCUGGACCAAGGUGGUGCAUCGUCUUUCGAAGAACUGUCAAUGUUCAACACAUUCCCCGAAUAACAAGAAAAGUGUGAUUUUCACGAAAACUCUCGGUGCAUUGCUGUCACUGGAAAGUGUUCGCCAUAAUUUUUAUCAGAAACUCAUUGUACUCAUAUUUAUGUGACUCUUCAUUUCAUACACGCUUGCUCAUGAGAGUUUACAUUAUUUAACAUUUCGCUGCUGUGCACCUAUAACUGGCACACUUGGAAAUAUUUUCGGAAUUGACUGUACAUAAUGCUGAUAUUUUCUUUUGUACUUCCCGAACAGUAGAUUACUACACAUUUCUUUAAAGGAUGGAAAAAUCAAAAAUUGCCGUCUUUAGGGCAUUUUAACCAAUGCCUGUUUUUAUGUCUCUUCGUGAUUUGAUGAUAUCAAUAGUUUCAAAUUACAUUCCUUUUUUUAAAUAUAGAAAUCAUGAGACGAUUGCUUUAAAAAAGAUUUUUAACAUGAAAUGUUUUGUCUGCUGUUAUCAACUUUGCGUUUAAGCAACAAAAAAAAAAGAGUUCAUAGUUGGAGUGGUUAGUAUGUGGUAAGUGUAAUAAGUGUGUGUCUUAACUUGGGAGCAUUGUGAAGGCUAUGCAUAUACUAAUCACAGCAUUACAGUGUUGACAAGUUAGGUUUGCCCCAACUAUAUUUUGAUUUUUUUUAUGCAUUUAAAAUAUUUGAUUUUAAAAUAUUAUACAGCAUUACUUUUUCAUAAUCAUCCAUUUAUGAUUUUGAAAAAAAAAAUCAUUGAAUGAAUCGCUACAGCAUCUCUGUUCCUCUCUUUGAGUUUAAUUUUUAUGAUUAUCAAUGGGGUUACUUAUAAAUUAACUGUGUUAUGCUCAAGCUCGUCAUUUGGAGAGGUUUGGGGGGUAGCAAUUGCCUUCCCCAGACACUAUGAUAAAUAAGUGAAUUUCUAUAUAUGUUGGCAUUUAUUUCCCCCCCCCCCCCCCAAUAUAUAGUGUGGCUCUCGCUACUUGAUGCUCGACUUAGAACAAGCUUAUUUAUGUUUGCGUUUAAAGAGGAAACAUUCUUAGAUUGGUUCGAAACCAAUAACCAUAAUCGAAUGCAAAUCAGCUUUCCUCGCCUUUUAUAUCAACAAAUGAAAGGGUUUAAGCCUCAUUAGAUUGAAAGUCAACUUUUCAGAGCCUAGAUCAUAAUUUGCAUUGAAUUAAUACCCCUAAACCCCUUUUGAAAAGUUUUUAAAUGAUAGACCUGGUUACUUUUUUACAAUACAAAUUUAUAUGUCUCACAAAAGUGAAAUUAAAAACAGCACAAAAUUAAGCUUACUUUAAAAAAAAAGAUUUUAUUUCUAUAUGUUCAGAUUAUUUGUUGUAUUUUGUAACAUUUGUAGGCUCCGCUAUUUUUUAAAAAAUAUGGCCUGUCCAUUCCCAUUCACAUUUCUCAAUCAUCAGUACAUUAGACAUAAUACCUUGUUACAAUUUCAAAAUAAAAUUUUCAUAUUUUUAUAAUUGAUGAACCAUCUUCAGCUUGAAAUUUUUUAAAUGUUGGUAUAAAAUUUUGAUUGUUAUGCAGAACAUUUUAAAAUGUUUAACUCACCUUCAUCUAGGUUUGAUUCUCACAUUGCCUCAUUAUAUCAUUUUUCAAAUGUACUUCAAAUUGAAAUUUUCUGUAAAUAAUUCUUUGAAUUUUAAACUUCAGCGCUAGAUGAACUUUUUAGUAAAUUAAACAUUGUACAAAACUGCAGGAAGAUGCAAUAAAAUGUAUAAUUUUUUGUUCAA